UCUUCCACGCUUGUAUACGCCUCAACAAACCCCUCCUCAAAAAAAAAAAAAAAAAAAAAAAACCCACAAAGCUUGAGACCAAAUCCGCAUCAAGAUCAGAUUUCCUGUCAGAGUGCCAAUUGUCCCACCCUUUUUGCUUCCUUUACCCAAAAAACAAAAAAAUAAAAAAAAAUGCCAUCUCACAUCCUCCACAUAGGCAAUCGUGCAUUGGAUGCAUCCCUUUCUGGUGGUAUUCCCAGUCCUCCUCCUUCUGCUUCUGGUGAUGCCACAAUGUUGCUCAAAGUGAAGGAUGAUGACGACCCAUCAAAAAGCCUCCUUGUCUCUUCCUCUUUCGAAGACAACAAGAUCAUGCCCAUCAAGCCCCUCCUCUCAAGGGCCUCUAGCUUCACUACAACCAACAACAACAGCUCGAUGUGUGCUCCUUAUUUCUACCAGAAGAGGCGCAGGCGUGCUGCCAGUGAAGAUUCCUUGCCCUCCAUCUCCAAUGGCACUGAUCGCAGGUCUUCCUUUGGCCAUGAUGUUAGGCAUGUUGCUUCUGAGACCUUUCUCUUGACUCGCCUCGGCUUGAAGAUGUUAACAUACCUUGGGGUAGGCUAUAAAUGGAUUACAAGAUUUCUUGCCCUUGGUUGUUAUGCAGUACUGCUUUUACCAGGCUUUCUUCAAGUUGGAUAUUACUAUUUCUUCUCCAGUCAGAUACGAAGAAGCAUAGUUUAUGGAGAUAAACCACGAAAUAGGCUUGACUUGUAUUUACCUAAAAGUAACAAUGGCCUGAAACCAGUCGUUGGUUUUGUCACUGGUGGAGCCUGGAUUAUCGGUUACAAAGCGUGGGGUUCUCUUUUAGGUCAACAGUUAUCAGAGAGAGAUAUCAUUGUGGCAUGCAUAGAUUACAGGAAUUUUCCUCAGGGUACCAUCAGUGAUAUGGUUACUGAUGCUUCUCAAGGCAUCUCAUUUGUAUGCAACAAUAUUCAAGAAUAUGGAGGUGACCCAAAUAGGAUUUACCUAAUGGGGCAGUCGGCUGGGGCACAUAUUGCUGCUUGCGCAAUCGUGGAGCAGGCCAUCAAAGAGGCAGGUGAAGGAGAGAGUACUUCUUGGAGUCUCUCCCAAAUCAAGGCUUAUUUUGGUUUAUCUGGAGGUUGGACCAAGAAGAUCUAUUGAUCUACAACAAUUUCAUGACCGGAAGAAGACCCAUGCGCCUCCAAUCAUGUGUACACGUUUUUUAUGAUUGUUGAGAUUACGGCUAAUUGCUUUUUUUGACAAAUUUUCACCUCCGCCC